AUGUCGCCGAUGAUCGGGUCGGCGAAGGUGGCCGGGACGGGGGGCUCGGAGGCCAGGAGACAGCGAGGCCUCCCCCCCCCGUCCCCGCUGUUUUCGAUGAGCAACCAGACGUCGGUGUUUACGCCGGGGGCGGGCACGCCGAGAUUCAUGACGGCGUUAGUCAGCGGUAGCGGCGGAGGAGGCGGGGGAGGCGGCGGCUGGAGGCGCGGGGAGUGGGGCGGGGGUGAGCGACUUCCGUCCGCCUCAUCGGCGAUGAAGACGAUGGAAGCUUCGGGCUCGAACGCGCGGUCGGCGAGGCGCAAGAGCAAAGGGAACGGCCCACUGUCGAGCGUCGGCAGGGACACGAGAGGGAGGUUCUUCUGGGCAGGCGGUGCCACCCCGGCCGCCGGCGGUGGCGCUGGGGCCGCAGCAGCAACCCCCAGGAGCACCAGCACCAGCAGCCCCAACAGCCGCGGGUCCCUCCUCGGGGGUGCCAGAGGACCCCUCCCGACGGCCUUGUCCGGGGUGAACCGCGGGUUCAACGGGGGUUUCUGGGACUCCUUUUCCACCGCGGGGAGCGGCUUCUGCAGCAGCGGGCAGUUCUCGCAGUCCUUUUGGGGUCCCGGCUACGGUAACGGUAGCGUCCUGUACGGCAGCGGCAUGGUAGGCGGCGGUGACGGUAGCGCCGGCGGCAAGAUGGGUUCUGCCGCGGGGGUUCCGUACGUCGACCAGGGCAGCGGCUACCGCUUCGGUAGCGGCAGCGUCGGGUACGCCGGGGGAGGGGGUGGCGGGGCGCGCGGCUGCGGUUGGGGCACUACGACUGCGGCGGAUGGCCGCGCUGUCGGCGGGGAGGCGGCCGCCGGCCUCGCCCGCCGACCUCUCGGGGGCGCGGCGGAUGGCAAGCGCGGAACAGCAGCGUCCCGGCCGACGUCCCGCGGUUCUUCUAAAGGGAAGGGACGCCGUCGCCGUGCCGGUGGAAGAGGUGGCGCCGGCGGUGCCUGGGAAGCGGCGGCGGGAGGUGCUGCUGCUACGGCCACCGAGGAGGGGAAAGACGGGAUGACGGUGGCGGAAGCCAUGGAGCGGGGCCGCGAGCGGGAGCGGGAGCGGGCGUGGGAGGCGGAGGUGGAGUGGCGGUCCGCGUUGCCGGCGAGGCUCGAGGCGCUGGCAAAGCUGGCAUCGAUGGAGCGAAUCGGAGAAGAGCCGUCGGAGCUGCGGAAAGCCUGGAUGUGGAACGAUCGUCCGGGAGUGGCGAAGAUGCUCAACGACGUGGCCGACUCCAUGGCUGCCGCCGGCUUCCACGAUCAGGCGGCAGAUCUGUUCGAGAGGUGUGUCGAGAUCUACCUGGUCUACACCGGGCCUGAGGGCCACGGUGAAAUCGCGGAGGCCCUAAACGAUCUCGGCUACGUGCUGUGGGAUGCCUGCGCCAACCCCGUAUUUAUCGGCCAAGACGUGGCCGAAGACAUGGCGUGUACCCUGAUGGCCAACGCGGAGGAGGUGUUCCGGUUGGCUCUCUUCGAGUGCGGCUCGUGCCCUGGCGGUGACCACCCCUUCGCCGCGACGUGCCUGUCCAACCUGGCGGACUGCGCGAGUGCAAGACUGGCACACGAGGAAGCGACGCUGCUGUGCCAGUGGGCUCUGCACGUGCGGGAGGAGUGCCUGGGCCCGAAGGAUCUGGACACGGCGGACACCCUGAGGAAACUCGGCGGGCUGCUGCACCGGCAGGGCUUGCUGGAGGAGGCGCGCGUGAACUACUUGCGAGCGCGCGAUGUGUUCGUUGAAGUGCUGGGGCCGGACCACGAAGACGUGGGGUCGGCGCUCAACCUUCUGGCGGUGGUCGUGGGAGAGCAAGGCGACUACCUCACGGCUGAGAAUUACCACCGACUUGCCUUGGAGCAGCGGAGGAAGGCGGGGGCCUGCGGCCCCGACGACUUCGCCCCUUUCUGCUACAACCUCGCUCUGGUGGUCGGGACCAAUGCCCGAAAAGGGCCGCCGGAGAAGCUGGACCAGGGUCACAGAGAGGCGAAAGCGCUUAUGACGGAAGCGCUGAUGGUGUACCAGAGAAGUCUUCCGCCAGACCACCCGGAAACCGCCGACUGCAUGGACAAGCUCGCGGCGGCGGUGGCGAUGACGGGGGACCUCACGGGUGCCGAGAUCCUCCACCGGGAGGCGCUGUCGAGCAUGGAGAGGACCCUGUCGCAGGACGACCCCCGCAUCGCCGAGGUUCUCUUCAACCUCUCGGCCGUCGUGGGAGCGCAGAGGGGCAGGCUCGGAGAGACGGAGAACAUCCUUCGCCGCUGCCUGGAGGCGCAGGAGCGGCUGCAUGGGCCAGAUCACCCGGAAGUGGACCUGGUUCUGGGCAAACUCCACGACAUCAUACGGUUCGACAGCGUUACCAGCGCGGGGGGGAGCAGCUUGUUCGGGAGCGUCCCCAACUCCCGGGGAAGGAACGGCUUCUUCGCGAGCGGCGGCGGCGGCGGUCGUGGCCCCAAGCCCCGGGUCAGCUCUCACGGCUUCGGUAGCGGUAGCGGUGACGGCAAGGCGGCGGCGGCGGCGGGGGGCGAAGGUCGCUCGAUCCACCGCGGCGGAAGCGGCUUCGGCAGCUUCAGCGGCCGGAGCAGCGCCGCCGGCGGUGGUGGCCGGGGGGGCAGCGGGGUCCGCCGCCGCAGGAGCGCCGGGGGCGGCGCCGGCGGCGGCCUGGCCGGCAUCGGGAAAGACGGCGCUAUCCCGGAGGAGGACAUCGGGCGGGUCUCUUCGGAGGCGGGUGGACCGCCGCCACCCGGGGGGGAAGGGGUUGAUUCUGCGGCGCCCCCUUCUUCUUCCCGCAAGGACGACGGCAUGCAGGGAGGGAUUCGGAUAGGCCCCUGGUUCGCGUCGGCGCCGCCGAUGCGGAGGAGGAGGAGCAGCGGCGGGUCGGCCUACCGGAGGGGGCACCUGGCGUCGUUCUUUGAGAUGUACAGCAAGGGCAACAGCCGGCAUAGCGGGGACGGCACGUCCUCGUCGUCCUUCUCGUCGUCCUCGCUGUGGUCGUCCUCGACCGUGUUUUCGGGUUCCCGCCCGACCUCCGGGAGCGGCGGCGACACAAGCGACACCAGCGUCGCCGGCGGCGAAGUGUCGAGCCUCCACGGCGACGAGGCCCCCUCCAUCCCGGGCGGGAGGGUCUACGGCAGCCGGCAGCACUGCGACGCGUUCGCCGACAACAGUGACCACAGCGACGACGGUGGCGGCAACACCAACGUCUGGAGCGACGGCGUGUUCGAGAGCAGCGGGAACAGCACCCCCGGAGCGGCCGGACGGGUUCGUGCCGCCGCCGCCGCCACCGCCGCCGCCGGCGCCGCCGCCGCCGCCGUCCCCGGACCGCAAAGGCAAGACAGAAAAGCCGCCGCCACCGCCGCCGCCGCCGUCGCCGGACCGCGACGGCAGGCCAGCACGGCCUCCGCCGCGGCCACCGCCGCUUUGGCCUUCGCCUAUCCCCCCACCAUGGAGCACUCGUCUCCGGGUACGCUCCUUGUUGCCGCCGCUAGGCGCCAUGACGACGACGAUGUUAACGCCCGGCUCCAACUCCCCUCCUCCUCCGACCGCGUCAAGACCGGCGGCUCGUCAACCAGCAGCAGCCUCGGGAACCGCGUCAAGGCCAUCGGUGGCGCCCUGUUCCGCAGCGGUGGCGGCGGUGGUUCUCAUAAGUCGUCGUCGGGGGGGGGUGCCGGCGGCGGGGGCGGCGGGUGGCGUGGGAAUUGGCGAGGGGGAGGGGAGCAACAGACCGGGAGCGGUAGCAAGACUGGCGGCGGCAACACCGGAACCGCCGCCCCGGCCUCGCACCUGACGGAAGCAUCGUCGACGAUGGUGCUGCCCGGGAAUCUCAGCAGCACGGCGUCGUUUGUCUUAUCCCCCGCCAGCCGCGAGGCUCAGCAGCAGCACGUGGAGCUCCAGCUCCCGGCCAAGCUCGGCGGCGGUGGUGGCGCGCGCGAGGACGACGGCGGGGGAGGGGACGGCCGGAGGCUGGCGGCGGCUGAGGCCGCGCCCCUCGGCAGGAUGGACCUCCGGGGUGGCGCCGGCGCCGGCCCAGCGGCGCCGUUCAUGGCCAACUUCGACCGCGCACUGAGCGAGAACACGAGCAGCUCGGACGAGGGCGGUGAAGACGACUUAAACCUUGGCGGCGGCGGCGGCGGCGGCAAUGACUCUGCCGGCACCGCCAAGGGCCCCGCAGGCGGCGGCGAGGUCGUCGGCCUGCCGGGCGGGGCGGCCAUGUACGUCGGCAGCGGCAGCGUCGACGGCACCGCGAGCGCGGACGUGACCGUGUCGGACGUGGCGUUCUGGGCUCCCGAGGGAGAAGACGACAAGGACACCACCGACGGCGGCGGCGGCGGCGGCGGCAGUCGUGCCCGGGGGGGCGGCUCUACCGGCAAGAAGAGGGGGGGCAUGUCGUCGGCCGUGGCGGCCUUGUCCAGGGUCACCGUCGGCAAGUGGCGCGGCUCCGGCUCCUCCGCUGCCGCCGACGCCGCGGAGACCGGCGGCGCCGGAGCCGGAGCCGGAGCCGAAGGCGGGGGGCAGCAGCAGAAUCGGGGAGCCUUGUCCCGCAGCCCCGGGAGCGACUGCGUCCCGCCCGGGAUAGAAGCUCUCCGGAUCAAGGCGGUUGAGGGUAAGCGGGUUCCUCACGGUGUUGGCGGCGGGAGCAACGUGGGAAGGAAAGGGUUCAUGCGGCGGCAAACCGGAGGCGGGAGACCAGUGUCGGAUGGUGGCGGCCUCGCCGAGGUCCCCGGCCAGACGCCCAAGGUGGUGUGGGGGGGGGGGACCGCCGCCGCCGCCGCCGCCGCUGCCGCCGCCGCUGCCGCGCAACCCGCACCAAUGGACGGGCGACAAACCGCCGCCUCUGCCGGCGGCGGCGGGAACAAGGGGGCGACUGUGAAGGCUAAGGAGGCAGCGGCGGAGUUUUGCGACUGCGUGGUGUUCAGCCCGUGAGAGGAGUCUUCAUAGUGCGGUCUUGCGCGUAGCGGAGGCCCCGUGUUGGGGAGGAGGAGGUCGACUCGCGCGAGAAGCCGAGGGUAAUCUCGUUCUGCAGCUUCUCCGAUGAUGGUAGACACGAACUCCCCCCACGUUUUUUUUUUGGGGGGGGGACUGUUACGUUUCUUUCGCCUCCGCGUGUGGGGGGUCAAGGAUAACUGUUCCUUCGGGCGUGCGUCCUUGGAGACGGUGGCUUCUCAUGAUCUACGACAUUGCACGAAUCCCCGGAUUCUUCCGUGUCGUUUUUUUUUUUUCUUUCUUGUCUUCGUCCCGUCAUUUUCACUCUAGUUGGGGCAGUGGUUGGUUGACCGAUCGAUUGCCGCACUUUCUCCUUGUUGGCUCUCUGUGUUAGGUGGAUUUGAUUCAUGUGCACCAUGGCGGUGCGCAGCUACUAGAAGUUCACACAGUUUUCUACUAUCCCCCCUCUGCCAACUCGGCGAGGUUUGCUCGUGUUUGCGCUUGGCUAGGCUUAGCGGCCGGCGUUUAUUUUGCUGUGGCUGGCGCCGUUUCCUUCCACGGUAUUUUUGUUUUGUUUUUUGUUUUUCGUGUGCGUGUUCGGCACAUCUUGGUCGUCUGUUUUUUUAGGGAGUUGUAUCGAUUUGUUCACCCCGGGAUAUUUUCGAUCUUGGCAAUCUGAUGUGUGUUUGUUGGUGGUGUAACUUGUGCUGUGUCAUUGUUCGUGUUUUUUUCUGGCGUUAGCUGUGCGGCCCUUGAGUCGGGAGGGUUGCGGAGUUUUUUUUUUGUAUUUUUUUCACGUUGUUGUCGUUGUUGUUUGUUGUUUCUUGUUGUUUGUCGUUGUGUUGUUGUUGUUCUUGUCGGUUGUUGUUUUUAUCGCCGUCGCUGUUGCAUUUGGUGGGUUUCCCGCCUCUUCAAAAAGCACACUCGAUAGCACGAGCGGUUUGCCGUUAUCAUCCUUGGAGGGGAGGUGCCCGGGUUUGUUUUCUUCAGCGUGUGCGCUGUAUGGUAAGCGGACGUGUUGGCUUUGGUGUCUCGGCUCUGUGCGGCGGCCGGAGUAUUUCUUUCUUCCUGUUUUUUUUUUUUUUUUCGAUUGUUUCACGUGUGUCGGCAUAGGUUCUGCAAGAGGACCGAUGCUCUUGUUCCGAGGGUCCCCAGUUUUGUUUUGGGGCGCGAGCCUGCCUGCCUGCCUGCCUGCCUAUCGCUGCAUGCUUGUCUUUUGCCUGGUGUCGUUUUCCAUCGCGAAGAGCUGCCCGAAAACUUGUCGUUCAGGACUUUUUUUUUUUUUUCAUUCAUGGUAGUAGUUGAAGCCGCGUGAAGUCGUGUGUGUGGGUGCCCCGUAGAGGAAGAAAGUGUAUGGUGGUGGUGACACCCCCCCACAUACUUAUUUUCGGUGACGUGGCCAGGAUUUUAGUGUUGUUGCUGGUGGUGUUGUUGUGGUCGGAAAACAGAUGAUGGCUCGAGAGAUAAUUGAGCCGAGGCGGCGAUGGUGUAAAGGAGGGGGCGCGACGGUCCGUUCCCUAGAGAUGUUGGGCGUGAAUGCGAUUCAUCCCAAACCUGUUGGGGGUGGCUUGGAAAGGAUUCUCGCCCAAUGCGAUGUAGCAGGCCACACGUAUAGUGGAUUGGUCCAUCCUUGGGGGUCACAACCGGAAUUUAGCCUUUAGUAGUAUUGCACCAGUAUUAUAUGUUAUUAUAGCAGAUGCCAGCCUCUACACUAUUAAAGUGUAUAUUUCCAGAACAGUCCCCUUGCCCGAAUAGUGAGCUAGCUGUUGCGGCUUGUCUUAGUACUAAUGUCUCGAACGUGGACACGGCGGGACCGGAAUAGUUCUUUUUUAGGGGAGUGGGGGGUGGGUGACGGUAAUCUGGCAAAGCACCAGCACGAGGGAAGUCUAUAUAUGUAGCGGUGCCGCGGCGAUUCUGGGUUGUGUGCAUAUUCCACGCAUCAGGAUUUCGACAGGCAGUAGGAGCCGGGCGGGCGGAAAACGCGGCGCAACAAGCGGGGGCGGGGUGUUGGUUCACGGAGACCGAUCCUGGAGGGUCAUGGAUCCGUUCGGUGUUUUGGCGAGAGGCCGUGGCUGGUGGCCGCCGGUCUCAUGUAGCGACCACAUUCGGGUUUGUCUUGCGAAGGGAGUCGUAUACGCAUUCACACGUAGGUACGUAUGCCAUGCGCACGCGCACGCACGCACGACUAGCUUGAAGUUGGCGCGUUGUGUUUGGUUGAUGACGUCACGGAUGAUGAUGAUGAUGAUGAUGGUGGCGUUUUUUUCUCUUUGGGUGUGUCGCUGCUCUCUCUCUCUCUCCUGGUCGUUGGUUCUUGCCGCAAGCCCAUCACGUAGCCGAAAGACCUGUGUUCUGACGAUGA